UGAUGAUGGCCCAAGGCCUCACACAUAGACAGUAGCAUGACUUGUCUAGUGUAUAGGUUGGGGGAAGAGAAAAUGUUGGUUAUACAAGGGUUGAUCUAAAAAAUUAUCUUCACACUAAAUGAGAGAGAGACAUGGAGUUUGGAGACGUAGGAUGUUUAUUGAGGUACUUCGAGAAACGACAGAUCUUAGACACAUCUUUCUUCUAUGCUGUUCAACUUGACAAGAAUGAGCAAAUAACAAACAUAUUUUGGGCAGAUUUUAGGAUGGUUAUUGAUUAUACCCUUUUUGGUGAUGUUGUGACUUUUGACACCACAUUUUCCACCAACAAAGAGUAUAGGCCACUCGGUGUCUUUAUUGGAUUCAAUCACCAUAGAGAGCUUGUGAUUUUUGGGGCUGCACUUUUAUAUGAUGAAACUGCAGAUUCAUUCAAAUGGCUUUUUGAAACAUUCUUGGGGGCACACAAAUAUAAGAGGCCUGCAAUAAUUUUUACUGAUCAAGAUGCAGCAAUGUCGAAGGCAUUAGAAGAGGUGAUUCCCGAGACAAGACAUGGAUUUUGUACAUGGCAUCUAAUGCAAAAUGCCAUAAAAAAUGUUGGUCAUUUAAUGAAGAGUGGAUCUUAUUUUUUGACUGAUUUGAAGAAGCUUGUGUACGAAUAUGUAGAAGUGAAAAAAUUUGAAGAGGCUUGGGACUCAUUACUUUCAACAUAUCAAGCCAGUGACAAUUCUUGGCUCCAAAAUCUGUAUAGGUUGAAAGAGAAGUGGGCUAGAUGUUAUAUGAAAUCUACAGUGACCUUGGGGAUACGUAGUACACAGUUGAGUGAGAGUUUGAAUGGAGAUCCGAAAGAUUAUCUUACAUUUAAUAUAAAUCUAAAUGGAUUUUUUAAGAGAUUUGAUAAAGUGGUGAAUGAUAAGCGGUACAAAGAGUUAUAGGCUGAGUUUAAUGCUAGAGAGAAAUUGCCUACGAUUUUGUGUCAGACAUCACCAAUGUUGCAACAAGCGGGUAAAGUCUAUACACCUUCGAUGUUUGAAAAUUUUCAGGCAGAAUGGAUGAAAAUUUUAUCCCUGGUUAUCAAGGAAUGUAAUGAGAUGGGUCUCUUGCGUCAAUAAGUUGUUGGUUCAUUUGGUACAAAUGAAUUAGAGUACAAGGUCAUUGGUGGCCCAAGCAAUGAAGUGGUUAAUUGUGCUUGUAAUCAUUUUGAGACCGUUGGGAUUUUAUGUUGCCAUGCGUUGAAGGUGCUUGAUAACUUGGACAUAAAGUUAAUUCCUAAUGCUUAUAUUUUGAAGAGAUGGACACGUAAAGUAAGAGAUUGAAUACUAGAGAAGCAU